AUGCUCUCGAACCAAUAUCUACGCUCCUCCCUAGCAAGCAGAGAGACGGUACCCUCUCCUGCUCUCCUAGCAAGCAGACACGCCUUCCCCACUCUUAGCAAGCAGACCAACCUCUCCACUCUUAGCAAGCAGACCAACCUCUCCACUCUUAGCAAGCAGACCAACCUCUCCACUCUUAGCAAGCAGACCAACCUCUCCACUCUUAGCAAGCAGACCAACCUCUCCACUCUUAGCAAGCAGACCAACCUCUCCACUCUUAGCAAGCAGACCAACCUCUCCACUCUUAGCAAGCAGACCAACCUCUCCACUCUUAGCAAGCAGACCAACCUCUCCACUCUUAUGCCUCCUCCACCAGUGCCUCCUCCACCAGUGCCUCCUCCACCAGUGCCUCCUCCACCAGUGCCUCCUCCACCAGUGCCUCCUCCAACAGUGCCUCCUCCCACAGUGCCUACUCCACCAGUGCCUCCUCCAACAGUGCCUCCUCCACCAGUGCCUCCUCCAACAGUGCCUCCUCCAACAGUGCCUCCUCCACCAGUGCCUCCUCCACCAGUGCCUCCUCCAUCAGUGCCUCCUCCAACAGUGCCUCCUCCAACAGUGCCUCCUCCCACAGUGCCUCCUCCACCAGUGCCUCCUCCACCAGUGCCUACUCCAACAGUGCCUCCUCCACCAGUGCCUCCUCCACCAGUGCCUCCUCCACCAGUGCCUCCUCCAACAGUGCCUACUCCAACAGUGCCUCCUCCACCAGUGCCUCCUCCAACAGUGCCUCCUCCCACAAUGCCUCCUCCACCAGAGCCUCCCACAAUGCCUCCUCCCACAGUGCCUCCUCCACCAGUGCCUCCUCCACCAGUGCCUCCUCCCACAGUGCCUCCUCCCACAGUGCCUCCUCCACCAGUGCCUCCUCCCACAGUGCCUCCUCCCACAGUGCCUCCUCCCACAAUGCCUCCUCCCACAGUGCCUCAUCCCACAGUGCCUCCUCCCACAGUGCCUCCUCCCACAGUGCCUCCUCCCACAAUGCCUCCUCCCACAGUGCCUCCUCCCACAGUGCCUCCUCCCACAGUGCCCCCUCCCACAGUGCCUCCUCCCACAGUGCCUCAAGACUCUAAGCCUUUGACCUCACUAUAG